CAUGGCUAUGCAUCGUCGACCGUGUCUUUCCGUCUCCCGACUCAGUAUAUUACAAAUACAGAAAUGUCACAAUGUCACAUCCCUUGUCCGAAAUUAAUCGUGAGCGCUUAAACGCAAACUUUCGACACCGUUCUGGUAGCAUCUCAAAUCUUCAAGCUUCAUUGCUUUCUUCGAGUCUCGAAAUGAGUAAGGUCGUUUUCGUGGGAAAUGUCCCCUACAACAUGGGGGAGGAAAGUCAUUUAUCCUUCAUACAAUACGAUUCCGACAGAACCUUUUUACAGGAACAGCUCAUCGACGUCUUUAAGUCGGUCGGUCAAGUUGUGGGUUUCAGACUGGUCUUUGACAGAGAGACAGGAAAACCUAGAGGUUAUGGCUUCUGUGAAUUUGCUGAUCAUGAGACAGCUGCAUCUGCUGUGCGGAACCUCAAUAAUGCCGAUGUUGGUGGUCGCCCUUUACGAAUUGAUCUCGCCGACUCCGAUCCCUUCCUCGAAGGCAAGACUACUGUGCGAGGCGAGUUGCUCGAUGGGAGUGAUCCAAGAGGCCGCUGGCGUGAGCACCGUGAGCAAGAUCGCGACCGCGACCGAUAUGAUAACAUUCGUGAUCAACCCAAAUCUCAAGACCCAAAUUCUUUCUUGUCAAGUUUGCCGCCCGGUGUGCCCAUAACUCCUGGAUCGACUGCAUUAGAUACAAUCAGCCAGACACUUGCAACUAUGAGCCCAGCUCAGUUAGUCGAAGUGCUUGCCCAGAUGAAGGCUUUUGUGAUUACCCACCCGGAUCAAGCAAGGGCACUACUUGUUGCGCAUCCGCAGUAUGCGUAUGCAUUGUUCCAAGCAUUGCUACUGAACAAAAUAGUAGACCAGAGUGUUCUCCAGCGCAUGCUACAAGCAACUGCGGGUAGUGGUACUGCCCCAGGUCCAGGAAUUCCUCAACAGCCCCACCACCAAAUGCAAUACCAGCAGUCUCCACCCAUACACCAGCCUCAACCUCACAUGCCUCCGCCAAUGUCUGGCCCUCCACCCGCGUCAACUGCUCCACCGAGCAUGUUCCCGCAUCAACAGCCCCCGUCGCACAUGUCAGCUCCACCGCCACAACAAUCUUGGUAUCGGCCUCCACAACACGCAGUCCCCCCGCCCCACUCGGCUCCCAUGCCCGACCUAAACAUUGAUCCGGCUCAAAGGCAAAUGCUAAUGCAGGUACUCAGCUUAACUCCAGACCAGAUCAAUGGCUUGCCACCUUCCGAGCGAGAAGCAAUCCAGAACUUGCGCAAUCAAUUUUUGGGAGGUAUCUCAACAUAGUGGAUUGCCGUGUUCUACAUAUGCUGUGCUACAGCUUGUGUCUAUCCGAUGUGACCGCCGAUCGAGGCCCUUUCGCAUUCUUUACGCAUCAGAUCAAGUACCUAUCUGCCAGAUUUACUACAUGUUCACUAUUACAUCAACUUGUUUGCAAGACUCC